UCCAUGUGUGAGGAGCGCAUUAUCGGCACCGGGAGCCGCGGCGGCCACGGGAGCCACCGGGAAAGCCCCGCAACAAGCGGGAGAGCGGCGGGGCCGGCGCGGGGAGAGCGGAGCGGAGCCGGGAGCGCGGGGCGGGCUCGCUGCGGAUGCGGCGCGGAGCUACCGGAGCGGCGCCCUGCGAGUUCUCCCGGAUCCUCAGCUCUGGCUCAUCCCCACAGGACCCCAUGAACUUCCCUGACAGCCCCUCACCAUGAGUGAGGACUCAUGCCGCACCCGCAGCCAGAAGCGCGCCCUGGAGCGGGACUCGGAGCCCGACAGUAAAAAACUCAGGAUGGACAAAGGAAUUCUGGGAUCCGAGCUCGGCUCCGAGGGGGACAUGAAGAUCAAAGCGGAUCCCGGAGCCGGGAAAAUGCCGGGAAUGCUGAAAAGUGGGGAAGUCAAAGCCACCAUCAAAGUGGAGCUGCCGGCAGCAGGGGACGAGCCCGUGGACAUGAGCACAUCCAAAGGGGAGUGCCGGCGGGAGCGGCGCGUUCCCUCCCCGGACGUGAUCGUGCUGUCGGACAACGAGCCCUCGAGCCCCCGCGUCAACGGGCUGGGGCUGGCCCGGCUCGCCCUGCCCGAGCCCGGCGCCGAGGGGCUGCUGCGGAGCCCGGAGCAGCGGGAGCGCCUGAUCAAGCAGCUGCAGGAGGAGCUGAGGCUGGAGGAGGCCAAGCUGGUGCUGCUCAAGAAGCUCCGGCAGAGCCAGAGCCAGAAGGAGACGCAGGCGCCCAAGCUUUCCUCGGGCCCCUCUGGAAGCGCUGCGGCCACGCCCCCGCCCUUGGUGCGGGGCCCUCAGGCUGUUCCCGCUGGGAAAACUUCCCUCCAGCCCUCCUCCAGCCGCAUUCCGGGCACUGGGAUCCCUCCCCCGCUGCUCCGGGGGGGCCAAGCGGCCGCCUCCAAGCAGAGCCCCCAGAUCGUGAUGCCCCCCCUGGUCCGAGGGGCCCAGCAAAUCCACACCAUCCGGCAGCACUCGAGCACGGGCCCGCCCCCGCUGCUGCUGGCGCCGCGCGCCUCGGUGCCCUCGGUGCAGAUCCAGGGCCAGCGCAUCAUCCAGCAGGGCCUGAUCCGCGUGGCCAACGUGCCCAACGCCAGCCUGCUGGUCAACAUCCCCCAGGCGUCCCCCACAUCGCUGAAGGGCUCGGCGGUGCCCGCGGGCCAGGCUGGCACUUGACCCCAUUGCUCGGGCGCGGCCCCGGCGGGUGGCACGGCGCUGGGGGGCACGGGCGAGGCCCCGGGCAGCCGGCAGGCCGCGGCCAAGCUGGCGCUGCGCAAGCAGCUGGAGAAGACCCUGCUGGAGAUCCCCCCGCCCAAACCGCCCGCGCCCGAGAUGAACUUCCUGCCCAGCGCCGCCAACAACGAGUUCAUCUACCUGGUGGGGCUGGAGGAGGUGGUGCAGAACCUGCUGGAGAGCCAAGGGAAGGUGGCGGUGGCCGUGUCCUGCCGGGAGCCCUACCUGUGUGCCCAGUGCCACACGGACUUCACGUGCCGCUGGCGGGAGGAGAAGAACGGCACCAUCAUGUGCGAGACCUGCAUGGCCUCCAACCAGAAGAAGGCCCUGAAGGCCGAGCACACGAACCGGCUCAAGGCCGCCUUCGUCAAGGCCCUGCAGCAGGAGCAGGAGAUCGAGCAGAGGAUCCUGCAGCAAACGGCCCCGCCCGGGCAGCCCAAGGCCGAGCCCGUGGGGCAGCACCACGCGCUCAAGCAGAGCUCCGGCCAGAUGUCCCGGGGCGCUUCCCGAGGGGUCCUGCACUCCUUCAGCUCCUCGCCCAAGCUGCAGAGCUCCUCGGCCAGCGCCGCGCUGGGCAGCCGGCCCGGCAAGCACGCCGAGAGAUCCGGCAGCAAGGGCGGCGCCGCCUGGAAGAAAAACCCCAUCAGCACAGGUGGGGCCCUGCCCUUCGUCAGCCCCGCGCUGGCCGUGCACAAGUCGGCCUCGGCCGUGGAGCGGCAGCGCGAGUAUCUCCUGGACAUGAUCCCGCCCCGCUCCAUCCCACAGUCGGCCACGUGGAAAUAAUUCCCGAGGGAGAACUUUUCCAGGCUCUGCCAUCCUUUUCUUUUCUACCACAAUUCCGUGGAAUCUGCUUUAAUCCCAGCUGGAUAACGCCCCGAGGCUUUCUAGGAUGCAGCACCACCACUCCUCAUCCGUCCCUGCCGGGAGAAGUGACCGCGUCGGGGUGGCCGAGGCCCGGCUCCGUUGGCUCCCAGAUUUUUCAUGGAAGCUGGCAGGGAAAGGGGGAAGAAUUCCUUAAUUUUUUUUUUUUUUUUUUUUUGGUUGGCUUUUUCCGUAUUUAGUUUUGAAAUUUUUUUGGCACCAGCACAAAAAAAAAAAAAAAAAAAAAAAAAACAACAAACCCAAUGGGACUCAGCGACUCCUCUCUGCCUUCGCCGACGCCGAACUUUUUUUUUGCCGGGAACGCUCCGGAAUUCCGGAAUUUUGGGGCGUGGAGAGAGGAAUUCCAGCCCCGUCCUGCGUUUAGUGAGCCGAGUUCAUGGCUGCUCCUUUUCCCUGCUCCUCUUCCAGCCGGGAAAGCAGGUGGCACAUCCCGAGAUUCCCAAAAUCCCAACGAAGAGGAAGAAGUGCAAAUCCUCGGUUCCCGCUGAGUUUGGUUUGGAUUUUUGCCCUUCGGGAUCGGCUGCCGCCCAAACCUUGGCUGGGAGGUGGGAAUUGCUGCGGGAAAUUCCCACUUUUUCCCUUGGAUUCUGGUUGGAAUAGACUUCGGAACCGUUGGUAGUUUCCAAACCUUGCAGUUACUGAGAGACAAAAUCCACCUUGGUUCUUUCUCAUCCCGCGAAUUUUGGGCCUUCCCGACGUUCCCAGAGACUCCAAAGCGAAACUUUUUGGGAAUUUUUUUUCCUUUGGGAGGGUUGGUUGGGUUGUUUUGUUUUUGGUUUUUUUUAUUUCCUUUUCUGUUGUUGUUUUGAGGGAUAUUAUUCCAAAAUGUAUAGGAAUUCCAGAAGCUGAUGCAGGCAGGGAGGGUUGGGAGCCGUUCCCGAUUCCCACCGGGAAUUCCGGCCGUUCCCAAUCCUUCCCUCCGUGAUUCGAGUUCUUCCAGGCAUCCCAAGCAUGCUCCUGUAUCCAUUUGGGAUGGAGUUUUCCAUCAUUUUUUUGGGAAUUCCAGAGGUUCAACCCAAAAUCCAUCAGGGGCCAGUUUGGUUUCAUUUUUGAUUUCUCAUCCUCUUUUUCCUUGGGCUUCUUCCCGAAUUCCAGACGAAUCCAAGGGGCAGAAUUCCAGGCCUUAUUCCAGUGAGGAGAAUUCUUUGGGAAAUGUGGGGAAUUUUCUUGGGGAAAUUAUAAAUAUAUAUAAUUUAGAGAUCUAUAUAUAUUAAAAAAAAAAAAGAGUGUGUCGGGGGGAAAUUCAGGAAAAUCCGGAUUUAUUUUCUUAGGAAUCGCUGAAGCCAAGAAUUCCUUUGGGAUCAUCCCCCUCGGAUCCGAGGGACAAAACCCCUUCCUUUUCCCACUUUUCCUGGUGUUUCCAUAUUUAGGGAUUUAAUUUAGAAAAAAAAAAACCCCAAAACCUUGUUUUCCAAACUGGGAUUUGUUGGAUAAAAACCCCCGGAAUUCCCAGCCGGAUGCGGAUUUUGGGGUGAUUUCCGUAGGGAUGUGAAGAGCUCAGAUGUGGGAAUUGGGUUGGAAUUUUGGAAUUUGGAGUUUUCUUUUCAUUCCAAGCUUGGAUUGGGAAAUGCCACCGGAGGGACGAUGCGGAAUUCCUUCAAUUCCAUUGGUUUUAUGGAAAACUUGCCUUUCCUUUCCCACGUGGAAUUUUUUGGGGUUGGUUCGGGGGGAUUUUCCUCUCCUGGUUUUUUUCCUCAUGGAUGCCAACGUUUGGAAAAAGUUCAUUUAUUCCCCCCCAAAAAAAAAAACCCCACAACAAAAUUCCUCCAAUUAAAAUCCUUUUUUUUUUUUUUUGGAGUUGGAGAAACCUGGUUUGUUUAUUCCCAGAGUUUGGAUAAUUCCUGAAAAAAAAAAACAAAACAGGGAAUGGAAGAGUCACAGAAGGAUUCAAUGGGAUAAAAACAAUGUCAAAACUUUCUGGAUCCCAGCAGAAUUCCCUUGGAAAUUGGCAUUUCAGCCUAUUUUAGUUCAUUAAAAUAAUCAGGAAUGUUGGAAUUGAAGGAUUUGGAAUAAAAAUCCAAAGAAGUGUCUAUGCCCACACUUCCAAAUAUUCCAUCCCGAUUUUUUUUUGGGUGGAUAAUUCAGGAUAAAUUCCAGAAAAAAAUUAUUUGGGGGAUGGGGGGAGAGUUGUUUGGAAGGGGAGGGAAAAUCCAGCAUGGAUUGAGGCUGGAAAACCAAAAUAUUUUAUGGGGUGGGGCUGAAACUCCAAAUUCCCACCUGGAAUGAGGCUGAAAAUCCAAAAUAUUUUAUGGAAUGGGACUGAAACUCCAAAUUCCCACCUGGAAUGUGGCUCCUGGGAUCCAGCCUGGUUCUGAUGUGGGUUUUUUUCUGGAAUGUUCUUGGAAUGCUGCCGGGAAUUUGGAGGAUUUGUUUUAUUCCAUCGACGUUUCUGCCAAAUUUGGGGUCAAUCUGGGAAAAGAUUCCACGUUGGAAUGCUGGGAUGGUUUUUCCUUCACAGUCCCAGUUCCUGUGGGGGUUUUUUGGGAUUGGGAUGGUUCAGGUUUCAAAGUUGUUCCAACUCUUUAAUACAGAUUUUCCAAACCUCUUCCCAGUCUCCUUUUUCCAGGAAAAAGCCCCACAAAAAAUGGGAAAAAUGGGGGGGGAAAAAAACUCAAUAAAACGGAAAAUUCCCAAUGUGGAAUUCUGCCCUGGAAGGGAAAUGUUUGGGAAUGGUGGAGGAGGGGGGAAUUUGGGAACAAAUCCUGGCUUUAUUCCUGCUGCUGGAUCCCCUUUGGGAUUUGGGAUUCUCUGGUUGGAUCCCCUUUGGCAUUCCCAAAUCCCUGAGGCCCUUGGAUCCAUUUUGGGAUUCCCAAAUCCCUGAGAUCUUUGGCAUUCCCAAAUCCCUGAGGCUCUUGAAUCCCUUUUAGGAUUCCCAAAUCCCUGAAGUCUCUUGGAUCCCUUUUAGGAUUCCCAAGUCCCUGAGGUCUCUUGGAUCCCCUUUGGGAUUCCUGAACCUCUUGGGGUUUUGGAAUUCUGAGGUCUUUGGGAUUCCCAAAUCUUUGAGCCUUUGGAAUUCCGGAAUCCCUGAGGCCCCUGAAUCCCCUUUGGCAUUCCCAAAUCCCAGAGAUCUCUUUGAUCCCCUUUGUCAUUCCCAAAUCCUUGAGGCUUUUGGAAUCCUGAAAUCCCAGAGAUCUCUUGGAUCCCCUUUGAGAUUCCCAAAUCCCAGAGAUCUCCUGGAUCCCCUUUGGGAUUCCUGAACCCAUUGGGGUUUUGGAAUUCUGAGGUCUUUGGAAUUCCCAAAUCCUUGAGGCAUUUGGCAUUCCCAAAUCCCAGAGAUCUCUUGGAUCCUCUUUGAGAUUCCCAAAUCCCAGAGAUCUCCUGGAUCCCCUUUGGGAUUCCUGAACCCAUUGGGGUUUUGGAAUUCUGAGAUCUUUGGAAUUCCGGAAUCCCAGAGAUCUCUUGGAUCCCCUUUGAGAUUCCCAAAUCCCAGAGAUCUCCUGGAUCCCCUUUGAGAUUCCCAAAUCCCAGAGAUCUCCUGGAUCCAUGGGAACACCCCCCAGCCCUUCCAUUCCCACGGAUCCCUCGGGAUCCUGGAUCCCUUUUCCUGCUCUUCCCGAGCUUCGCUGCAUGAGCUGCUCCGGGGGGCUCCGGAUCCAGGGGGUCCCUAAAGCCAUAAAAAUUCCCGCUCGGAGCCGCCGGGAUUUAGGGAUUUUCUAGGGCACCGCGGAGAACGAGGAAGCGCCGUUGUAAUUUAGAUUUUAGCAACUUGUGAAAUAAAAAGAUCCCGGAUUUUCAUGGGAGAAUUCCCGCGGUGGAA